AUAAUAAUUUAUAGGAUGAAAUAAUAAAAUAUCGUGAUAGCUGUAUUUUUGGUUUGCAGCCAGCCACAACUUUACUCAAUCGAUCACUGAUUUCAAAUCGUGGCUCUGCUGUUUUUCCUGACGCGACGUCCAGGAAAAUAAAUCAAAUUCGGAUCAUAGCACAGGCGGAGGAGACACUUCUAAAAGCAGAGAUGUUCCGCAAUCAGUACGACAACGACGUGACAGUAUGGAGCCCACAGGGCCGUAUUCAUCAGAUCGAGUAUGCAAUGGAGGCAGUGAAGCAAGGCUCUGCAACUGUAGGACUCAAAUCCAAAACUCAUGCAGUCCUGGUUGCAUUAAAGAGAGCCCAGUCUGAACUAGCUGCCCACCAGAAGAAGAUCCUCCAUGUCGACAACCACAUCGGCAUCUCCAUUGCUGGACUGACUGCUGAUGCCAGACUGCUUUGUAACUUCAUGCGUCAGGAGUGCUUGGACUCAAGAUUUGUCUUCGACAGACCCCUCCCCGCGUCUCGUCUCGUCUCUCUUAUUGGCAGCAAAACCCAAAUCCCAACACAGAGAUAUGGAAGGAGGCCCUAUGGCGUUGGACUCCUCAUUGCUGGCUAUGAUGACAUGGGACCUCACAUCUUCCAGACCUGCCCGUCAGCCAACUACUUUGACUGCAAAGCCAUGUCCAUCGGCGCGCGCUCUCAGUCUGCACGCACCUACCUGGAGAGAUUCAUGGAAAAGUUCUCCGACUGUAACCUGAACGAUCUGGUCCAGCAUGGGCUCCGUGCUCUCAGAGAAACCCUCCCAGCCGAGCAGGACCUCACUACCAAGAAUGUUUCCAUUGGCAUUGUGGGGAAGGACAUGGAGUUUGUCAUUUAUGAUGAUGAUGACGUUGCCCCGUUCCUGGAGGGACUGGAGGAGAGGCCACAGAGAAAGGUUGCCCAGCCUGCAGACGAACCCGCCGCUGCGGGAGAGGUAGCUGCUGAGCCAAUGGAGCACUGAGGCGGUCCCUGUCAGUUUACUUCCUGUUAUCCGAGGGGGCGGGUACCAACCCAGACCAACCAGACACUUAACUGCAACUCACCAGAGUAAAUCUUAGAGAGGAGAAGUUGUUGUUAUGAUGUGCUCUCUAAACUUGUCAAUGCAAAAAUAUUCUGCUAACAUCAACCAAUGUGAUGUUGCUUUUGUAUGAGUAAAGUGUACCAUUAUACAAGUAAUAAACUCUUUUUUUGAAUUGU